CUCACGUACAGUCUAGUAAAAUGUCAAAGAUGUUCAUCUUUAUGUUGUUGUUGCUGUGUUUAAUAGUUACCAUUGAUGAAGGAGAAGGAUCUUAUUGUAUGGCUAGUACUGGAUAUAAACAUGAACCAUCACUGUAUAUAAGGACAUGCUGUAUCAUUAGUAACUUAGGACAGGCUUUUUCUAUCCAAGAAACUGGCAUAACACAAUAUAUUUUCUGUCCUAAUGAAUACCCAAAGUCUUGUCCAAAAGGUGAUUGUAAGAGCUUGUUUGAGGAUGGUAUUACUACUAGUGGUGUUUAUACUAUUAAUCCUGAUGGAGGGACUCCAUUUGAAGUAUACUGUGAUAUGGAGACUGACGGUGGUGGAUGGACUGUAUUUCAGAGGAGACAAGAUGGAUCUGUUGAUUUCUAUAGGAACUGGACUGACUACGAGAACGGAUUUGGUAACCUUACUGGUGAGUUUUGGUUAGGACUGAGCAAGAUUCAUCGUCUUACUAAAGAAGGAUCAAACACACUAAGAGUGGACCUGGGAGACUUUGAGGGGAACACAAGUUAUGCUAACUACUCUACAUUUAAUGUUGGUAACAGUAGUACUGCAUAUAUACUAACAGUAGAAGACUAUGCUGGUAUUGCUGGGGAUAGCAUGAGGCGUCAUAACAGAAUGAAGUUCACUACAAGAGAUAAUGAUAAUGAUCGCAGGCCAGAUGAUAACUGUGCUCAGGCCUAUAUUGGUGCCUGGUGGUAUAAUAAUUGCUAUCGUUCAAAUCUUAAUGGACUUUAUUUCAAUACUUCAACUAAUAAUACUGAAGGAAUUGUUUGGGUCAAUUGGACAAAUGGACACAGUACUCUCAAGUUCACAGAGAUGAAAACUCGUUCUAACAAUUAAAUACUGUCCCCCACACACAUAAGUGUGUUUAC